CUUUGAGCUCCGAUCAUCCGUGCGGUGGCCGGUUGGUCGUUGUGACGGACGGUGGGGAUUUGUUGGUGAAGUUGUCGGAGGUAGAAGCCGUCGAGAUGAUGAUGAUGACGUCACUCGGAGGGGGAGGAGGAGGAGGUGCCGGCGGCGGCGGUGCUAGUGGUAGUGGUGCCGGAGGGAGGUUUAUGCCGUACACGCCAUCCCCGUCGGUGGCUCCGCCGGCUCCUCAGUCGCCUAACAUCUCCGGUGGUCUCCGAUCGCAGCCCUCGGCCCUCGUUGAGCAGGAGAAGUAUCUUUCAGAGUUACUAGCAGAGCGUCACAAGCUUAAUCCGUUCUUACCUGUUCUUCCACACGCCUAUCGACUGCUGAGCCAGGAAAUUUUGCGUGUAACCACACUGUUGGAGAAUGCCUCAGUUUUAAGUCAGACUGGGUUUGAUCACCCUAGCCCUCUGGUUUCUGGAGGGAUAUUUCAGAAUGCAAGGGCUGACGUGAACGGAUGGACGUCGCAAUUUCAACCAGAAAGAUCUGUCUCAUCAUCGCCGGCACCAAAUUGGCGUAACUCUCCUGGAAGCUCGUCGGGUCUCAUUGUUAAGCAGGCAAUCAGGGUGGAUAUUCCUGUCGACAAAUACCCAAAUUACAAUUUUGUUGGCCGCCUCCUGGGUCCUAGAGGAAACUCUCUGAAGCGAGUUGAAGCAAGUACCGGUUGCCGCGUACUGAUAAGGGGGAGAGGCAGCAUUAAGGAUCCGAUUAAGGAGGAAAUGCUGAGAGGAAAACCAGGGUAUGAGCACCUGAAUGAGCCCCUCCAUAUCUUAGUGGAGGCAGAGCUACCGAUUGAGAUUGUCGAUGCACGUCUCAUGCAAGCUCAUGAAAUACUAGAAGAUUUGCUUACUCCUGUGGAUGAAUCCCAUGAUUUCUACAAGAAACAGCAGCUCCGGGAGCUGGCGAUGCUCAACGGCACACUGCGUGAGGAAGGGUCGCCAAUGUCUGGUUCGGUCUCUCCUUACAACAGCCUCGGCAUGAAGAGAGCCAAGACAAGGGGAUAGAUUCUGUCAGUGUCUCUCAAUCCAAUUCUUGCUGUCUCACCUUUCGAAAGGUAUGCGUCCACUGAUCCUUUCCAAGAGAAGGGCUUUACGACACCGUCCCCUCGUCCGUCCUGUUGGUACCGUGUCUUGUCCAUGGGAAUAAAUCGUCCUAUACGAAGUGUGCUUAUUUAUCGUGUCCCCAGAGAGCUUAGAACCGUCGGGGCUUACACGCAAGAAGUGGGGGAAUGAGUCUGGCUUGUCCUAGUCUUUGGCUUUUUUGUGUGUGUGUGUGUGUGUGUGUGUGUGUGUUUUUAAAAAAAAUUCUGCUUAGGAAGUUCAGUUCUUAAGAUAGUAUUGUCAUUGUCACCAAAUUCUUUGAUAAGCUGUUUGCUUAGCCUGGAUUUUCUGAAACAUCAUCAUAUUGUUCUUAAUGUGUAUUGCUUUUUGUCA